AUGGACCAACGAUCUUCGAGGAUGAGAAUAGAAGGCAGUAAACUGGAUAUGAGACAUCGUUCCCAUUCACCAUCCUUCUACACACACCAUAGGCCAAACCAAAGCGGAGCCCGCCAGCAACAACAUGGUGGAUUCCACAAUCAAAAUGAAGCCCACCCUCUCCACGAAUUCCCAGACUACUAUGACAAUGCUUUCUCCCAGCGCACCCAUCACCAGACCAGGAGCCAUGUCGCUACAUCUCACUAUGGUGGUGGACCCCAAAGGGGCUCUAUCCCCCGUGCUGAGCCUCACCCUCGUGGCGGGUCCCGCGGUGGGACUCAGCCCCACAGUGAGCCUCACCGCCAUGGCGCGUCUCGUGGUGGGACUCAGCCCCACAACAACACCCGCAAGGUGGACUUCCCUAUCAGGGGACCCAAAGACAGAGUGAUUCUUUAUCCCACACCUCUGUUGGGUCGUACACCCAAAGGGAUGCUCCUCACCAUGGAAAAUUUCACUAUGGUGGUAUGCAGCACCGCCACGGUGAAUCCCAUCAACAGGCUCACCACCAUGGCAGACACCACAUCCCAUACAGAGGGCAGACUCAUAAGCUCAGGCUUCAGUAUGGCUCGGUCCCACCUGACAUCCCGAUCUCGUGUUUCCAGUAAAAUUCAUCCCAAGGAGGACUCUUGGAGUGAUGAUGAGCAAAUUCAGAAGCGCAAAAAGACCCAGAGGGCCCACAAAAAGCUGCACUCUGGGAAUAUUUUCCAAUUGAUUUUGGACAAAAUAAACACCCUCAUUUGGGGUCUCCGGGAAAUGAUGAUGUCGCUGACCCAAUCCCUGGGCUUUGAGACCUUCAUCUUCCUUGUGGUUUGCCUCAACUCAGUCAUCCUUGUGGCCCAGACCUUCACUGAGAUGGAGAUUCGAGGUGAAUGGUACUUCAUGGUCUUGGACUCCAUUUUCCUCGCCAUCUACGUGGUAGAAGCCUUGCUCAAGCUAAUUGCCCUGGGUGUGGAGUAUUUUUAUGACCCAUGGAACAAUCUGGACUUCUUCAUCAUGGUCAUGGCAGUGUUGGACUUUGUGCUCCUCCAGAUCAACUCCCUCUCCUAUUCGUUCUACAACCACAGCCUGUUCCGGAUUCUCAAAGUCUUCAAGAGCAUGAGGGCUCUGAGGGCUAUCCGGGUCCUUCGGAGGCUCAGCAUCCUCACCAGCCUCCAUGAAGUGACGGGGACUCUGAGUGGUUCUUUGCCAUCCAUCACAGCCAUUCUAACCCUCAUGUUCACCUGCAUCUUCCUUUUCUCUGUGGUCCUCCGGGCACUGUUCCGGAAAUCAGACCCCAAGCGCUUCCAGAACAUCUUUACCACCCUCUUCACCCUCUUCACCCUGCUCACCUUGGAUGACUGGUCUAUCAUCUACAUGGACAGCAGGGCACAGGGGGCCUGGUACAUCAUCCCCAUCCUCAUGAUUUACAUCAUUAUCCAGUACUUCAUCUUCCUCAACCUGGUGAUUGCUGUCCUGGUAGAUAACUUCCAGAUGGCACUGCUCAAAGGCCUGGAGAAAGUGAAGAUAGAGAAAGCUGCCCGGGUCCAUGAGAAGUUGCUGGACGACUCUCUGACAGAGCUGACCCAAGCAGACACUGAGGCCCAAAUGAGCGAAAGUGCUUUGCAAACGCAGUUUAUUGACAGAAUGUUUGGCAACAUGACAGAGAGGCAGCGGGAACUCCACUUCCAGUUCCUGCAGUUGGUGGCGUCGGUGGAACUUCAUCAGCAGAAGUUUCGUUCCCAAGCAUCUGUCAUCGAUGAAAUUGUGGACACUGCAUUUGAGGCUGGAGAAGAUGAUUAUGGGAAGUGA